GACGUAGGCGUGAAACGCGCAAAAUUUGAAACAGUAUCCCGGAAAUAGCAGCGGAAUUAGAAGAGGUUGAGAGCAUUUCUCUGCAUUUAUGUUAACUCUGCACCAUUAAUAUAUGCAUGGCAGUCAGGUUAUCCAGAUUUAGCGAACCAUGUUGAAAUUUAAAUAUGUGGGUCAGGGAGCCCUGAAAACACCGUGUUCCUCUGCUGACCCCAUCACCAGCCGCAGCUUGCGUCUCAACCAGGUUUUUCAGGGAAGAGUGAGCCUGUACGGCGGGCAGCAGGGAGGAUGGAGCUUAGGACGGGAGGAGUUUCUGGAAGCGCUGUUACUGCUCUACCAAGAGUGUACAUCCCCGGAGCUAAUGAAGAUAAAACAUGUGGCAAAGUUUGUCCAUAAAUUUUCUGAGGUGAUCUCCGAGCUUCGUGCCUUGCAGCCUGCAGUGCAUGACUUUGAGCUGCGUGCAGUGGUCGGCCAUGGUCGCUUCUCUGAAGUCCAAGUUGUGAGAGAAAAAGCCACAGGAGAUGUGUGUGCUCUGAAAGUGAUGAAGAAGUCCGUGUUGAGCUCUCAAGAAAAUAUUGUCUUUCAUGAGGAGGAACGAAGGAUUCUGGCUUUGAACAACAGUCCGUGGAUCCCACAACUUCUUUAUGCCUUUCAGGAUAAAGAUCACGUCUACCUGGCCAUGGAGUACCUGCCAGGCGGUGACCUGAUGUCUCUGUUGAACCGCUACGAGGAUCAGUUUGAUGAGUCAAUGGCUCAGUUUUAUUUGGCGGAGCUGAUAGAAGCCAUUCAUGCAGUCCACCUGCUGGGAUACGUCCACAGAGAUGUCAAACCAGAGAACAUUCUCAUCGACCGGACUGGUCACAUUAAGCUCGCCGAUUUCGGAUCAGCCGCCAAGUUGACUGCAAACAAAACGGUAAUCGCUGCCACAGUACCUGUUGGAACCCAGGACUUCCUCUCCCCAGAGGUCCUGGCGGCCAUAAGCGGGGGCCCUAACAGCACCUAUGGGCUGGAAUGUGACUGGUGGUCCCUUGGAGUCAUCGCCUAUGAAAUGAUCUAUGCCAAGUCGCCUUUUUCUGACGGCACAUCUACCAAGACCAUUCACAACAUUCUGAACUUUCGGCGUUACUUGAAGUUUCCAGAGGAGCAACAUGCCAGCAAGCAGUUUGUUGACUUGGUGCAGAGUUUGCUGUGUGGAGCCAAAGAGCGUCUGGGUUACCAGGGACUCCGGUGUCACGCCUUCUUUUCAAGUGUAGACUGGAACAACUUAAGACAAGUUCCGCCGCCGUUCGUCCCUGCGUUGCAUGCUGAGGAUGACACCUCUAAUUUUGAGGAGCCGGAGCAGGCUGCCCCCUGGCCAGCCUCAGCAAACCAGCGAGGAGCUGUGCCAGCAGGCUUUCAGGGCCAGGAUCUGCCCUUUCUAGGCUGGUUCUUCAGCAGGGCUUUAACAGCAUUGGCCAAGUCUGAGUCAGUGUCUGCAGGCCUCAACUCUCCUGCUAAGACCAACUCCAUGGAAAAGAAGCUUCAUCUUAAAAGCAAAGAAUUACAGGACACUCAAGACAAAUGCCAUAAGAUGGAGCAGGAAAUCUCCAGGUUCCAGCGCAAAAUGACUGACCUGGAGUCAGUGCUCCACCAGAAGGAUGUGGAGCUGAAGGCGUCCGAGACUCAGAGAAGCAUCCUUGAGCAAGACCUCGCCACCUACAUUACUGAGUGCAGCAGCCUGAAGCGAAGCCUGGAGGAGGCACGCGUCGAGGUCUCCAGAGAAGAUGAUAAGGCCUUGCAGCUGCUGCACGACAUCAGAGAGCAGAGCAACAAGCUGCAAGAAAUCAAGGAACAAGAGUACCACGCCCAGCUGGAGGAGAUGCAGGUGACCAUCAGACAGCUGGAGGAGGACCUUUCAGCUGCAAGGCGUCGCAGUGACCUCUAUGAAGCCGAGCUGAGAGACUCCAGACAAACAAGCGAGGAACUUAAAAGAAAAGCAGUGGAAUAUCAACAGAGAAUCCAAAAGGCCAAAGAGCAAGGAAAAGCUGAAGUGGAGGAGCUUCUUUCCAAACUUGAGAAGACCAACUCUGAGCAGCAGGUGAAAAUCCAAGAGCUCCAAGACAAACUUUCUAAGGCAGUGAAAGCGAGCACAGAAGCCACAGAGCUGCUGCAGAAUGUCCGACAGGCCAAAGAGCGACUGGAGCGGGAUCUGGAGCGCCUGCGAGGGAAAACCGACUCCAGUGAUACUUUGAAGCGUCGUCUGAGAGAGACAGAGCAGGAGGGCAGGAAGACCCUAGAAAACCAGGUAAAGAGGCUGGAGAUGGUGGAGAGGAGGGAGAACAAGCUGAAAGAUGACAUUCAGACCAAAUCCCAGCAAAUCCAGCAGAUGGCUGAAAAGAUCCUGGAACUAGAGGAAAACCUGAGAGAUGCCCAGUCAACAGCCCAGAGGAUGGAAACUCAGCUGGUUCAAAAAGAGCGGCUUUUUGAAGAUAAGAUCAAGGUUCUGGAGUCCCAGAUGAAGGCAGACAUGGCUGAGAAGGAGAGCCUGGAGGCCAAAAGGGCACAGCAGGAGGAGGAGUCCAGGGAGAACUGCAAACUAAUUAGUGAACAAAAAGCUACCAUCAAUGCUAUGGAUUCCAAGAUGAAGAACCUGGAGCAGCGCAUCGCUGAGCUGUCAGAGGCUAACAAGCUAGCAGCCAAUAGCAGCAUCUACACCCAGAAAAACAUGAAAGCCCAGGAGGAAAUGAUCUCAGAACUUCGUCAGCAGAAGUUUUAUUUGGAAUCUCAAGCAGGCAAGCUGGAGGCUCAGAAUGCCAAACUAGAGGAGCACCUGGAAAAAAUGAGUCAGCAGGAACAAACCAGGAGAUCCCGCUUGAUGGAGCUGGAGAGCAGGCUUCGGGAGAUGGGCCUUGAACAUGAAGAAGAGAAGUUGGAGAUUAAGAGACAGGUGUCGGAGUUGACCUUAUCUCUUCAAGAGCGUGAGUCCCAGAUCAGCAGCCUGCAGGCUGCACGCCUUGCCUUGGAAAGUCAGCUGCAACAGGCCAAGACUGAGCUGGAGGAGACAACUGCUGAGGCGGAGGAGGAAAUUACUGCACUGAGGAACCACAGAGACGACAUUCAGCGCAAAUUUGAUGCCUUAAGGGACAGCUGCUCAGUGAUCACUGACCUGGAAGAGCAGCUCACACAGCUGAGUCAGGAAAAUGCCGAACUGAACCGCCAAAACUUCUACUUGUCCAAACAGCUGGAUGAAGCGUCGGACGAGAGGGAGGAUAAGAUGCAGCUCAGCCAGGAGGUGGACCGCCUCAGGAGGGAGGUGGCCGAUCGCGAGAUGCACCUCAACAACCAGAAACAGAACAUCGAGACCCUGAAGACAACAUGCAGCAUGCUGGAGGAGCAGGUGGUGGAGCUGGAGUCUCUAAACGACGAGCUGCUGGAGAAGGAGAGGCAGUGGGAGGCAUGGAGAGGAGCUCUGGAGGACGAGAAAAACCAAGCCGAGAGACGCACCAGAGACCUGCAGAGACUGCUGGAUAAUGAAAAGCAGAACAGGCUUCGUGCAGAGCAGCGCAGCUCCGAGUCUCGUCAGGCAGUGGAACUAGCAGUGAAGGAGCAUAAAGCUGAAAUACUGGCAUUACAGAAGGCCUUAAAGGAGCAGAGACUGAAAGCUGAAAGUCUCUCUGACACUGUAAGUGUCUCACCUAUCCUCUUUACUUCCCAAUUCAUCCAUAUUUGUUUCUAAACCUUGUGCAUUUCAUUUGGCAGACUGGGUGA